AAAUGUCAUAAUGACAAUAAGAACACAGAACUGACCAAACUUAGCAGUUAUAGAAUGUUAGGAGUAAGAGAGGUUUCAGCUAUAUACUUUAGUGAUACAAGUAGAAGAAAGACACACAAAGGAAAAGCUGAAUGCUGGAGAAGCUGAUGAGUUAAGAGAGGGAAAAGUCACGUUUGUAUCUGAGAACUAUAUAGCUAACUACAUUGGGUCCUCUUCUGGCUAUGAUUGCCACGUGGCUACAGAUACUAGCAGUGUUUCUCACAAGAAGAGUCUUUUUGUGCCUUUGAACUAAGUCAGAAUUACCUCUAUGAACAUUCAGGCAGCACUGUUAUUGCGUGAUCCAGGAAGGUCAGACCUUAGAUAAUUGUAGCUUUUCAGUACAGGGAACCUAAGAAGAUGGCAGCACCACCUCAUACAAGCAUACUUGAAGUCAGUAAAAAUGUUCUCAUCUCUCCAUGGAAAGGAAAAUUAACUAUUCAAGGUUGUAUGCUUUGUGAUAUAACUCUGUGGCCCAAUUAUGGUGCAGUAAUUCCAGCACACCUACCACAUGAACUAGAUUUUAAGUAUGUAAUGCAAGUGUCAUCUUUGAAAGAAAGACUGCCAGAAGCUGCUUUUAGAAAACAGAUUUACUUGGAGCAAAAAGUCUGUUACCAAGAUUUGUGCUUUAAUUUGUAUGAGGUGGAACUGUCAAACAAACAAAGGAAAGAAGUAGAUACAUUAACAGAAUACAUUAAAAAUAAUCAAUUGGCAAUCAUCAAAUGCUUAGAAGAUCGGGCAUUUUUCAUUUUACUUUCAUCAGCAGCCUUAAUAACAGAGCCAGAUAUUGGAGAUGAACAGAUGAGUCUACAUGUGUUACAUUUAUUCCAUUCACCCUUGGCAACAGAGGUGAAAGCUUUGAAAAUUGAAGAUGACAUCUCAUGGAAGGUGGCUCCCAUUUUAUCUACUCUUAAUUGUGCUCUUCUAGAAGCAAAGAAAUUAUUUCCUGAAGAAGGAACUCAUCCAAACAUAUUAGUAAAGCAUAAUUUCCAAGAACUGAACAAGGUGGACAAAAGCCUUUCUUUGACUGCUGCUCCUCAGGAUGUAAAGAAAGAGACUACAUUCUUUAGGAAACUGUCAGGUAGUUUUGAUCUGGUUCCUCCACCUGAAAAGUGCUCUACAGAGUCUUUAACUCAGUUGAAGUCUUAUUUUUCAGAUCCUAGUGGUUAUACAUUGGAAGUGUCUACCGCUUUGGGUUUGUUAGCAGAACGUCCUCCAUCUCCGUACAUUUCAGAUGGAAUUUGUGAUGCUGGAUUUUCUUUAGUUAUGACUCCAGAUCCAGAAUUUCCUGACUCAGAGGCAGAAGUAAGAAAAGAAACUCAAACAGAAAAGAGUUCUGAAGAAAUGUUUAAAGCAAAGAAGGGCGCUGUGGUUCCAUUGAGUGCAGCAUCAAAUCUGAGAGUGCAGCCAAAGAGAAAGGCCAGCAUGCUACCCAUAAUGCCCAGCAAAAGAGUGAACCUGUGCCGCCCAUUUGCCAAAAGAGCUACAGCUGGAACAGACAGCAGAUCAUACUCUCCACCAACUCUUAAGUUAGUUAAAGGACAGUUACCUCAGAAAAGAAAAAGGGGUGCAGAAGUGCUGACUGCACAGUUUGUACAGAAAACCAAAUCGAAUAGGAGAAACCAAGAAGUUCCCAUUUCUAAAGAGGUUCCAGUGGCAACAAAUACUAAAAGGGCAAGGAGACAAGAGAAAUCUACAGUCAAAACUGUUACAAGGGUUAAGCCACCUGUGAAGAAAUCUCCACAAAAACAGAGAGUAAAUACAGUAAAAGGCAGUCAGAAUCCCAGAAUCAGAAAGCAGCCACAACCUGCCAAAGAAGAAACUGCUUUACAGCUUCAAUCAGAGAUUUCAUCAGAUGGUCAAAAAGAUGGAAAUAGCAUAAAUGUAGAUCAACCACAAAGUACCACAGUGGCUCAAAAAGAUCUUCCUGAAGACUCCAUUGUAAACUAUGACUCCCAGGCCCUAAAUAUGUUAGCUGAUCUAGCAUUAAGCUCUGCUGCCUCUUCCACACCAUUAUGUGAGGCUAGAAACCUUCCCUGCUCCUCUGAAUUGCCACAAAACAAUAUUUUACUCUCCAAAGAAAGUUCAUUGUGUGGCACUCCUGACCAUGAUUAUCAUAGUGGAGUUAAAAGUCAAAAAGGUGUGCUGUUAUCUAAAUCAUCCUGCGAUCCGAAGAGUAAUUCAGGGUCAGGCUUAAUUGUUAGCCAAGAAGAAGAAAACUUGAUUACUUGUAGUCAGAUGCCUGCUGAUGCCCAGUCAGCACUCCAUGAGGAAACGUCAGAGCCUUUGGGCACAGGACCAAACUGUCCUAUAACUGUAGAGCACUCAUAUGCUCUGCUCCUUGGAGAACACUCAAAGAAGUAUCUACAGCAGAGAGGGUUAUCAGGCCCUGCUUUUGCAAAGACUGGAACAAAAGGCCCUGAAGCUGGAACUCCAGUGGGGAAAGUCACACCGUUUCGGCAUCUACAGAACACCUCCCCUCUACAGAAGCUUUCAGAGGGUUCAUUGGUACCACGCAGAGGUCGAUUUAUAUCUUCCAACCUGAAAAGUGUUUUUUGCUCCCAUACUAUAAUUAGCUGUGAUGGCUCCUAUAAGGUCACUUUCAAAUGUGAAACAGAAUAUGCGUUCAACUUAGAUAGCAAAUACACAAACAACCCACUGGAGAAAACUAUUGUAAGAGCACUGCAUGGGCCCUGGAACACUAAUUUGCCUGAUAAUAUGGAAGAAGUGAAGUUUCUGAUUCAUAUGUGGGUAGCUCUAUUUUACAGAAAGCGGAACAAAGACAUACAGUCAUCCCGAAAAGUGGUAGAACACAGUAACCCAGCAAAAUACGUUUCUAUAAAUAGCACAUUAGAAUCUUUUGAACUCAGUGAAAUUGAGGAAUCCUCCAGUGUGGAAAGGUGUUCCAUAGAACCUCUUUUGGAGACUAAUGAAAUGUCCAGAGCUCAUGGUGAUGAAGAAUCCUUUCAUGGUCCUAACUGCUUGCUACCUCUCAUUAAAGUACCACCUUCCAGAGGCUUGGGAUUCUGUGUGCAGAAUGAACGUAAGGAAAUUUUUGCAACAGAGUGUCAUCCGCAUAACUCAGAGAAUCAGAAUCUAAUCUAUUCUUAUAAUAAUGAGGUAAUUGGAGGGAAAGCUAAACAAGAAUCUGCAGAUAAACUAGAAGCUCCUAAUCUUGCACUUUCUCUUAUUGGAAAUACUCAAACUAAUGGACCUUUUAUUUCUGAUGAACAUAAAACCUUUCAGUCACUUGAUAGCAAAAGAAUGGUUUCUUAUAAUGGCGCUGGGACACAAGCCACAUUCACCAGGACUUGUGAUGAGGCCAGCAGUCAGUCCAAGAUGUGUGAGAAGUCUGUUUAUAUCCCUCUUGAAAGUAGAGUUGAUAUUUUGCAUGCAGCAGUGCCAACAAAUCCAAGUGCUUUACAGGACUUUAUCCAGUGUAGCAGCCCUAUGAACAAUGAGUGUGAGUCCUCCUUGGAAAGGCCUGACGCUGAUAUGGAGUAUGUGAUGAUUAACCUAGAACCAGUGACUUUCACUUUAGAAAACAAUCCCUGCGUGCCAGUACAUACAGAAGUAAAUAGAGCUGAGAAACCUGUAGCCUUUAGUAGGGAAUUGAUUAACCAGGUGUCACCUGCUGCAGAUGUUAGGCACCCUGUAACUGCAUUGGAAGAGGUACAAACACAAGCCAUUAGGGACGUCCCAUCUCUAGCAGUGUCAGGGCAGAGAAGCACCCAGUGCCUUUCUGCCUCUUCAGGAAAGAGAGAGACACUUGAUGAAGAACUGCUAUUUGUGCAGAAAGAGAUGCCUCUUCCAGUCUCAUCACCAUUGCCUGAUAGAGCAUUGAUAAUGGAGGCAUUAUCAUUAGUUAAAUGUUCUGGUUAUCCAUUACCCAGUAAAGAAAUGAAACACUCUCAGGAUAUCUGUCUGCAGACUCAGAAUCUCUGUAGAAUAUCUUCAGAAGAGAUUAUAGAUUCAUCACAGGUUGAAGUAGUCUCACCAUCAGUCUCUGCCUCCUUGGAAAAAAGGUAUUCCAAUGAUUGUGUUCCACCAAAAAGUAAUAUAUCAGAUGACUCUUUAGAACUAAGGAAAAAUGACAAGAGUGGUUUAAACUGUGAAAAUACGAAUUUGGAAUCAUUUAAUUCAGUAUUUGCCAAACAAACCAAUUCACCCAUAAAUGGGCAGGAGAUUGGCCUGGAGUUACAAGAGGCAAAUUCUGAUAUUGACCUAACUCUAACAAUAACUCCACCUACAAGUCCCAGGGGAAAGGUGCCAGCUAAUGAAACAGAGAAACUUGAGGAGGCCCCAGGAUCAAAUUUAGAACUUAAGGAUGUAGCCGAAGAAAUAAUUGAGCCCAAAGAGGUGACCUUCAUAGAAAAAACAGAAGCGAAUCCACCGAGUUCUAUGUCAGUUUAUUCUGCAGGGUCAAACGAACCACUAAAAAAUGAGAGGAAAGGUGAUAGUCUACAACCAAUUACUUUAAUACUUUCCAAAGAAAAUUGUACCCUUGAGAUAGGGGAAGAAAUUAAUGUUACCUCUGACUUUCCCUUUGAUUCUUUAAUUGAAGAAGUGUCACCAGCUUCUAGUCCUGAUCCCCCAGUACCAACUGAAGAAACAUGGCCACCUCAGGCUGUGUCUCCAUGUAGUUUAAAACUUCAUGGUACACAGUGUGAAAAAGGUAACAGAUUCUCCCAGAUUGAGUCAAAUGAUACAGCUGUGACAGAAAAAGAAAAUUCUUCCAUUGAUCCUUCCCGUCUAGUGAGACAAGAGAACAUAACUCAACUACAGCAAAUUCAGCUGUCUGCUAAAAUGCCUCUACUAUUAACUGAUCAUCCAGGAGGAAAAGGUACACUAAUGUUUCCUGGUAAAAUAACUGAGGAAAUUGUCCCAAGAGAGCAUGGUGAAGGGUUAUCUUUCUCAGAAAAGGUGCAGUGCUAUGAUGCAGAGUUAAACAAGCAUGGCUUAGUUGCCAAUUAUGGAGAUAACUCCAAGCUUUCUCUCGAAAAACUGGUAAAAUCAGGAAACCCAUUGCAGCCAAUUAGUAUAGAGAAUAGAAAUUUGGACUUAAAACAUCUUGUCUUAGAAUCGAAUGAAUCCUCAUUUAGUUCUAGAAAGAGUUUUGAAAAUAAGUCUUUGGCUGAUGGAUUAGUUUCUACAACUGCUCUAAGUGGGACAGUGAAUAUACCAUUAAAAGAACAGGGCAGCCCUGAAAGUAUUAAGGAAAAUCUCUGUAAUGGUAAUCUGAAAACAGAUGGUGGCAAUCAUAUGCAGGUUAAGUCUGUGAACUCUGCCGCCAUUGAUGGAGCUGAUGUUACAGUACAGGCAUACCUGCAUCCAGAGAUCCCAGAGUUUGAUUCUGCUUCAAACAGUGCUACAUUAACACAGUGUACAAGACCAGAAAGUAUAGAGCUAGGGUUUCAGACACAGGAAAAACCAGUCAUCAGAAUGGCCAGUCUGCUUGGGAAUAUUGGAGCUGAAGCUGAGUUACUUGAAGUCACAGGUGUGGGUUCCAACAGCCUUCAGUCUAAUUCCACAGUUUCUACAAAAAGUGAAGAAACAGUUUGCUUGUUCUCGGAUACAUCAGUAUGUGAAAUGAAAGAGUUGUUGAAUGCUGAUUUUUUGCCCACAUAUGUUUGUUCGUACCAAAAUAACAUAGACGCCAGUGAAGAACCUCCUGCUGCCUUUGUUCCAGAAUCUGUUGAAACUCUUGUUUAUGGGGUUUCUAAAGAGCAUACUGACAGGAAGACUGCUAGUGAAGGCCAUGGGGAUGAGGUGGAUUCUAAAAUCCUGGGCAGAAACAUAGAUGUGAAUAUGAAUUCUGAUAUGCAGUAUGAACAACUUUCUGGAGACACUGAUCAAGACUCAUUCAGUAAUUGUAGAAAUCCCAAAUUAGACAUGGAAAAUUCCGGCAUUUUGAGUAGUUAUACUAGCAAAAAUGAACAUGUUGUAAAAGACAGCUGUGACUCUUUCAUGUGCUUAAAUAAUAGUAAUAAUGAAGCUUGUGACUAUUCUAACAAAGUUCCAGAGGUGGAGAUGAACAUUCCUCCCAGAAAUUGGGCCACUGGAUUAAAGAAAGCAAAUAAGCAUAUGCCACAUUAUGUCCAAAUCCAAGAUCGCCACGGUAUCCCCAGGACUUACGCUAACUUUACUAUAACAAGAGAAUUUAAAAACACAACAAGGACUUUGCAUAGGGUGAGAACUCCCCCUAGUUUCACUGUGAAUUCUGACCUGCUCAGCUCCUGGACAAGCACUUGGCAGGUGGCAGAUGACCUCACGCAGAACACUUUAGACCUGGAGUAUCUGCGUUUUGCACACAAGAUAAAACAACUAGUGAAGAAGGAAAGUUCUCGGCAAUCUGACUCAUCUCUGCAAAUUUCAUUGAGAGAUUUCCCUUUCACAGAAAUGUCUGAGCCCCCAGUUCUGCUUCCUACACCUAGGAGCAGAAGCCCCAUUCUGGUAACAGUCAUGCACUCUGACGCCGGAUGGCAGAGUUGGCACAGAAGUUGCCAAACACCCAGCGAUCUGGACAGCUCUUCCUCUUUUUGGAGGGAAAGAUUUAGUCACAGUAGAAAUCUUACAGAUUCUCAAAGAAAUGAGACUGUUUCAUUCCACCUCAACAAAUUGAAAUACAACAGUACUUUGAAAGAAUCUCAGAAUAUUUCACUUAUUCUUAAUGAAUAUGCUGAGUUCAAUAAGGUGAUGAUGAACAGCAAUCAUGCCGACUUCCAAGAUAAAGAGUUAAAUAUAGCUUCUGAAGAAGCCACAUCCCAAGAGAUACAUCCAUUUUUCCCAAGGCAGUCUACCUCCUAUGAAGACGUAAUUACAGACUUGUGUGCCAGUUUGCAUACCAAACUAAAUAGUAUUCUGAAAGAGGCUUGUAAGAGUCCCUUCUUCUUCUACCUUGUUGAAACAGGAGACAAACCAUUCUUUUUAGGAACAAAGAGCAUUUUGAAGAAAGGAGGCCAUACAGAAAUUGAACCUCAGCAUUUCUGUCACACUUUUCACGGAGAGAACGAUACACUAAUAGUCAUCAUCAGAAACGAAGAUAUAUCAUCACAUUUGCAUCGGAUUCCUUCUCUGCUGAAGCUGAAGCACCUCCCUGGUGUCAUCUUUGCUGGAGUAGACAACCCUGAAGAUGUUCUGAAUGACACACACCAGGAGUUGUUCCACACAGGAGGCUUUGUGGUAUCAGAUGACAAAAUACUAGAAACUGUAACAUUAGCUCAGCUGAAGGAAAUCGUCAAAAUCCUGGAAAAACUGAGUGGAAAUGGACGAUGGAAGUGGUUGCUUCACUACAGAGAAAAUAAAAAGCUAAAGGAAAACGUAAGAAUGGAUUCAGUUGCUCAUAAAAAGAACUUAAUAUUGAGAUCAUAUCAGAAUGCGAGUAUCAUUGAAUUGCUUCCCUAUCAUCAGUGUGACUGCCGAUCACAAACAAAAGCAGAAAUUUUGAAAUGUUUGAUAAACCUACAAAUUCAGCAUGUUGAUGCCAGAUUUGCUGUUUUCCUAACAGAUAAGCAUUUCUCCAGUGAAAUCUUCGGAAAUAAUGGAAUCCUUGCUAUAGAUGUAAAUGACUUCAUUGAGAAUAUACAAAAAAUAGCAGCUCCAUUUAGAAGCAGCUAUUGGUAAUUUAGCUGCACCUUUCCAAUGGAGGAUGCCAACAAAACAGUAUUUUCCUCCUUUCUAUUAAAGAAAAAACAAACAAGAUGCAGUCUCCUCAUUUGAAAACUCAAAUGUUCUACAACUUGGAAAGUUUUCAUUUUUUAUAUUUUGGUAGAAUAUCUAACUUUACAAUGGCAGUUAGUUGCCAUUAACUUUGGGUUGCAGUGUUGAAUACUGUUUAGAUUGUUUUCAUUUGAAAUAUUACACCUUCAAAGCUAUAAACUGAACAAGAAUUUUAUAACAUGUCUAGUAGGAGCAAGAAUAAGUGUUUUAGAAAAUAGUUGUUUUUCGCAUGAUAAUGUCAGAAAAGCAUAUGAAAUGCAUGUUGUGUGUUUUCAGAGUUUUACCACCCUUGGUCUGGGGAUGCGGCUCAGUGGCACCGCCUGCCUGGCAAGAGCAAGGUCCUAAGUUCAAUCCCUGGUACGAAAAAAAAAGUUUUACCACUUUUGUAUAGAACUGUAAUUUUUAAAAAAUGGUUUCAUUUGCUGUAAAACAAGCAACACUACACUUUUUUUCCUAAAAGAGACCCAUUUAUAAACUUUUCCACUUAGUUACUACACUACUUCAAAUAAUCAUUUAUUUAUGAUAUUAGAAGUAAUUUCUACAGUAAUCUUUAAAAUGUAAAAAUGAUUUGUAAAAGAUGCAC